AUGGCGUCCAAUGAUGCAGAAAUUCUGCAAGGCUUGACGUCCAGUGCUGCAGAAAUCCUGCAUGGUAUGGCGUCCAAUGAUGCAGAAAUUCUGCAAGGCUUGACGUCCAGUGCUGCAGAAAUUCUGCAUGGUAUGGCGUCCAAUGAUGCAGAAAUUCUGCAAGGCUUGACGUCCAGUGCUGCAGAAAUUCUGCAUGGUAUGGCGUCCAAUGAUGCAGAAAUUCUGCAAGGCUUGACGUCCAGUGCUGCAGAAAUUCUGCAUGGUAUGGCGUCCAAUGAUGCAGAAAUUCUGCAAGGCUUGACGUCCAGUGCUGCAGAAAUUCUGCACGCCUUGACGCAAGUGCUGCAGAAAUUCUGCACGCCUUGACGUCCAGUGCUGCAGAAAUUCUGCACGCCUUGACGUCCAGUGCUGCAGAAAUUUUGCACGCCUUGACGCAAGUGCUGCAGAAAUUCUGCACGCCUUGACGUCCAGUGCUGCAGAAAUUCUGCACGCCUCGACGUCCAGUGCUGCAGGAAUUCUGCACGCCUUAACGUCCAGGGCCGCAGAAAUUCUGCACGGUAUGACGUCCGCUGCAGCAGAAAUUCUGCAAGCAAUAACAUCCUGA